GAGAAAACGUAAAAUUGGCUCAGUCGGCUGGUCUAACUGGAAAUACUUAAACCCAAAAAACCUUACCUUUUGUCCCUCUUUAACCUAAAAUCGGAUUUCUCUAGACUUACACUAGUUUAUCGCUUCUUCUCUCUCUCUCUUUCUUCGCACAUUUUUCUCCUUCUACACUCUAUUCUACAAAACCCUAGAUCUCGUCUCACGAUGUACGGCGGAGAUUCUAAUCCUCCUUCCUCCGGAGGAGGCUAUGGCGGCGGAGGUUAUGGCGGCGGUGGCGGAGGUUACGGAGGUGGAGGCUCUGCUGGUGGUUAUGGCGGAGGUGGAAGAGGUGGUGGUGGUGGAGGAUAUGGAGGCGGUGGAAGAGGUGGUGGUGGUGGAUAUGGCGGUAACUCUGACAGUCGAGGUGGUGGAUAUCAAGGAGGAGGAGAUCGAGGCAGUCGAGGCGGAGGAAGAGGAGGAGGAGGAGGAGGAAGAGGAGGUGGAGGUGGUGGAGGCGGUGCCCGAGGAGGUAGUGGUAGAGAUGGCGAUUGGUCAUGUCCUAAUCCAGGUUGUGGGAACCUAAACUUUGCAAGAAGAACUGCUUGUAAUAAAUGUGGAGAAGCUGCACCUGCUGCUGCUGGCGGUGGUGGUGGCAGCAGUGGUGGUGACCAUAGAGGUGGAGGUGGUGGGUACAAUAGAGGAGGUAGUGGAGGAUAUGGUGGUGGUGAUAGAGGGGAUAGGGGCAGGGAUAACAACUAUGAUAGUGGAAGAGGUGGAGGUAGCAGGGGUGGCUCUUAUGGUGACGGUCAGGGUAGAAAUGAUGGUGGAUAUGGCCAGGCUCCCCCAGCGGCUCCUUCAUAUGGUGGGACUGGUGGAAGCUACCCUUCUAUGCAGAACCCCUAUGGUGCAAACCCUGCCUAUGGAAAUGAUUCUGCUGUCCCUCCCCCAACAAGCUAUACUGGUGGCCCUGGAUCAUUACCACCAUCAUAUGGUGCACCAGGAGGAGGCUAUGGUGCUGAUGCUUCUGCAGAUUAUCGCGGUGGUGGGGGUCGUAGUGGUCCGCCCAGUGGUGGAUAUGGUGGUGGUCAAAGACAUUCAGGUGGUGGUUAUGGUGGAGAUGCUCCAGUGUCUGCUGACCCACCUGCGAAAGUGAAGCAAUGUGAUGAGAAUUGUGGGGAUUCAUGUGACAACUCCAGGAUUUAUAUCUCUAAUUUGCCACCAGAUGUUAGCAUUGACGAACUGAGAGAUCUUUUUGGUAACAUUGGAACUGUUGCAAGAAUCAAGCAAAAGAGAGGUUACAAGGAUCAGUGGCCGUGGAGUAUAAAGCUGUACACCGAUGAUAAUGGAAAGAACAAGGGUGAUGGUGUUUUGUCUUAUGAGGACCCAUCAGCAGCUCAUGCUGCUGGUGGCUUCUUUAACGGUCAUGAUAUAAGAGGAUACAAGAUCAAUGUUGCAAUGGCAGAGAAGUCUGCACCAAGGGCACCACAGUCCUAUGGCCAUGGAGGUGGUGGUAGAGGUGGUUACGGAGGUGGAGAUCGUCGAAGAGACUAUGGAGGCUCUGGUCCAGAUAGGCAUUCUCAUGGUGGAAACCGUUCUCGUCCAUACUGAGAAUUUCUGAAGCAUAUAAUGUACUAAGAAAAACUAUUGUCUUGAGGAAUUUAAUUGUAGUCCCGCUGCGGGGUUGUUCACAAAAGGAGAUAAAGAGGUAGGUUGUUCACUUGCUUUGAGCAAUACAUACCCCUUUACUCCUUUAGUACAUGUUACUUCGAGGGGUUUUUUUGUUUAGGGUUGGGAUUGAUUUGAAUUGUGUGACUGUCUUUUAUAGAGGCAAGUGGAUAAAUCUCGAAAUUGCUGGUAGGUUGAACAUUUCAGGUGAGUGCUGCUCUUUUAAGACUGCAUCUUUAUGUUUAGGAGAUUUAGCUGGUGGUCUUUCGCUGCAUCUUAGCUUGCAUGUUACUAGUUUGGCAAGUUUAACUUGCAUGUAUGAGUUUAAUCAAUAUUUUGCCAGCUCAAUCAAUGACUCUGCUUCGGACUUGGGGCCUUUAAUCAUUCCUUCCCAGAUCUAUUUGAUUCUUCGAACUGACUAAAAGCAUGCAGUCUCGUUUUUUGACUCGAAUCUGGAUCUAAGUCAGAGUUCGACCUUCCACAACACACAUCAUCAGUUCAAAUUUUGAUUCUUCAUCCGUGAAACGUGGUGUCGAUGUUGCCUUAUCAUUCCUUCCCUUGUUUUUGAGCAAAUAGUAGUGUCUAAUAUUAAGAAAUCGGUAAUCGUGGCGAGAAAUGUUAUAACUUUCAUCCGGCGCUGAGCGAAGAGGCUCGAAGACUGAUUAGCUCGGCCUCUGUUUCAAGUCUGUUACCUGCUUGCACGCAGACUUGUGCAAUAUGGUCGUAAUAUUUUCUGUGUCCAGCGAUAUUGGUGUAGGUGUAGUAGUAGAGGGGUCUGUUUUUGAUUGUACAACUCUUUUUUUGAUUAGUUGUAAAAGUAGUAGUGCGAACAUGCAAUAAUAGGGGCUGCUAUUAAUAAUAAACAUUUUGCUUUC